AGUAAAAGGGGGAAGGCACAAAGAAAUUUGCUGCUUUAGUCAGAGAUGGUGCUUUAACUCACUCCAAAGAGCGAACAUAAUUCAGAUGGAUUCAAAAGCACAUCCCGGUCAAUAGCUUGUUACUUAUUCAUCUCGAAAAGCGGAGUUGAAUUCGAUUUUGAUGUGGAAGUUUUUUUUGUCAGCUGCCUGCUAGUAAGCUAGCAAUCUGACUUUAACGCGACGAGUUUGCCUCAGUUCCUUUCUGGUCGUAUACGCUACCUUGGCCAACUUACUAACUACUUAAUUUGUACUGGCUUUCCUGGAGAAAUGAACACCCAAUUCCACACGACAGUGUUUCCCAGAAAGCAUUGCGGAUGUCAAGGUCACAAUGAUGGAGCAGAGUAGAGAGGCACUUUGAUCUGUGGCUGAUGCCAUCAGAGGGAUUGUCUGUAAGUAAUUCACUGAGCAGGGUUUUUAAGUCUGGCAGUGGAUCGUGGCAGAUUUGGCACAGGCCUGAGGGUAUGUUGAGACGUCUCGCAGGACCAGAGAAGAGGCGUCUAGGUGGUUCGGACGGGGACUGAAGGUGAGGAGGAAAGACAGACGAGGGACCAGGGAGGAAGACAUGGGUCAGUGUGUCACCAAGUGCAAGAAUCCAACGUCCUCACUCGGCAGUAAGAGUGGAGACAAGGAGAGCGGCUCCAAGUCCCACCACAAGAAAGGAGGCAGCGCUGGUGGCGGUGGGGGCCACAAAGACGAGCCCAGCGCCCCGUGUAGCAAAACCACCAGCGAGCUGUCGAAUGGCACCAAGGCCUUGGAGGUUACAGUGGAGACACCCGUCAUCCCCGCAGUGAUGGGAGAACCGCGCAAGGACGAGAGUCUGGAUGGAGAUGGGCUGUCGUUGCUGCGCAUUGAGGAGCUGUUCUGCUGCUACAAGGAUGAACAGGAAGAUGCCAUCCUGGAGGAGGGCAUGGAGAUGUUUUGCAAUGACCUGUGUGUGGACCCAGCAGAGUUUCGGGUGCUUGUUCUUGCCUGGAAGUUUCAAGCAGCCACCAUGUGCAAGUUUACAAGGAAGGAGUUUGUUGAAGGCUGCAAGGCCAUCCAGGCAGACAGCCUCGAGGGUAUCUGCUCACGUUUCCCUGCCAUGCUGCUGGACGCCCAAGGUGAGGAGAACUUCAAGGACCUCUACCGCUUCACCUUCCAGUUUGGCCUGGAUGCUGAGGAAGGCCAGCGCUCACUGCAGCGCGAAAUUGCCAUCGCCCUGUGGCGCCUGGUGUUCACCCAGGACUCGCCUGCCAUCCUCGAUCACUGGCUGGAAUUCCUAGCAGAGAACCCUUCAAGUAUUCGGGGCAUCUCAAGGGACACGUGGAACAUGUUCCUCAACUUCACCCAGGCUAUCGGGCCCGACCUGAGCAACUACAGCGAGGACGAGGCCUGGCCCAGCCUCUUUGACACCUUUGUGGAAUGGGAGUUGGAGCGCAGGAAAAAAGAGGAGGAACAGGCACUGAUGGCGAAGGAGGAAGAGGGGACGUGUACUGAGACAGAGUGUUCUCCCACUACAGAUAGACUUGAAACAGAGGGAAGCCGCGGCUCACAGACGUGGGGGGGCCACUGACCAGGAAUCAAGAAAUAUUUGUAAGGGAGAGAAGGAUGUGAUCUACAUCUGAACUGUACAUCUGUGAAUCAUUGGAUGAAUAUUAGUAUUAUCAUUACAGCUGUUCAUUUCGCUCUCCUUUUCUGUUGGGGUGGGAUUCCUGCUUUGCACCCUCAUUUUUUUGGUUUUCGAAAGGGCUCUACGAACUGUUAUGUUUUAAGCACUUCUAUUUAAGUUAUUGUUUUACUUUUUUUCCCUGCUCCCAUGUGUGUUUUUAGUAAUUGGACAUGUGGUCCAUUUUAACCCCCACCUACCUACCAUAGCCCAGCAGAGUUAGAUCAGUAAAAGCUUGGUUUUAAAAAACAGGCAACAGAAAGCCAUAACCUUUUCCCACAAUUAUCAUAUAGACAGUUCAUUUUGACCUGGUAACACUGCUGAUGUUUUGUGUAAGGAAAUAGUUAUUAAUAAAGAAGAAGGGAAAUUUGGCAACAUGUCCACAAAAAAUUUCUUAUCAUCAAAACA